AGGAUAAAACUGUACCACUGAUUUUAAAAUAAAAUAAAUCCUCAUGUAGGUUACAGUAUAAGCAAUAAAAUUAUCUAUAAAUACAUUAGUCUGUUCAAGUUUCGCUCCGCUCGUAACUUGGACCACACGCUUUUCCAGUUUACACGGAGACACGCAUCCCUUUCAUUUCCCUCUGUCAGUCGCUAUUUGGCCGUCGCUUUACAAAGUCGUGUUUCAUAGAAUAUCUAUACUUUUGAAAAGUUACUGUAAUUUUUUUUUUGUGAUUCAAGAUGGAUAUUACGAUAACGAGACACUUUAGCUUAGAUGAAUCGUCAAUGCGAAGUGGAGCUCUCGUGGCAAUGGAGGCGGAGCCUGACCUCAGCACAUUCGAGAACAAGUCAGGACUUGCUGAAGACAUGAAGUUCCUCGCGUCUAUGCCGGAGCUGUGUGACGUCACGUUCCUUGUGGGUGACACGAGGGAGCCCGUUUGCGCCGUCAAGGCUGUUCUGGCGGCUCGGAGCAGGGUAUUCCAAAAGAUGCUUUAUCAAGCCCCAAGCCCGCAAAGAAAGAAAGAGCCAGCGCCACGAGAAAACAAGUUACGUUUAUUCUUGAAACGUUCAUCGGAGCCUCUGCUAAAUCUGCAAAAUGCGGCACAACAGCCAUCUUCCCAACAACAUCAGACUCUGAUCAUCGAAGAGUUCGAACCCGAUGUGUUCCGUCAACUCAUCGAGUACAUACACACCGGGUGUGUGACUUUGCAGCCUCGGACACUGUUAGGAGUCAUGAACGCUGCCGAUUACUACGGUUUGGAUGAGCUGCGACGCGCUUGCGCGGGCUUCGUACAAUGCUGCAUCACUGUGGACACCGUCUGCGCGCUACUCGCAUCUGCCGAGCGAUACAUUCAAUACAAAUGCACUAAGUCGUUGGUGCAAAAAGUACUUGAAUUCGUUGAUGAACAUGGCAACGAUGUGUUGAACCUUGGCUCAUUCACGCUGCUGCCUCAGCACGUUGUUCGUCUGAUACUAGCGAGGGAGGAGCUCAGAGCUGAUGAGUUCACCAAGUUUCAGGCCGCCUUGAUGUGGGGCAAGAAGUAUUGCGAUACCAAUCCCAACAUGAACAUCAAGGAAGUGAUUGGAAACUUCCUGGAGUAUAUACAAUUCCAUAAGAUUCCGGCUAACGUUUUGAUGAGGGAAGUGCACCCUCUGGGUUUGGUGCCGUACUCCAUUAUCAUGAAUGCUCUGGCGUAUCAGGCAGACCCGGCCAGCGUAGACCCAGGCAAACUCUCCCCGGCGCGAAUCCGGCGCGCCGGCCGCUCCAUGUCCGUUCAGUCCUCCCUCGACCCCUACGGCUCCAACACCACUCUCUCCUCGACCGGAUCGAGCGACGGGCCAUCGUCGGACUCUCGGCACAACUAACGCGA